UCAAAAAUACCAAAUACAAUGAAAGGAAACAGGAUUUAUAAAGAUUCAAUCUUUUUUAAUUACCCAACAAAAUCUUGAAAACACUGGUUUUAUAAAUAAAAUAAAAAAGUAUAGCUCUGUACCCCCAACCCCAAUGAUUACCCGCCAAUUAUUAUUCAAAUCUUGGUACACUAAAAAACUAGCAAACUUUCAUUCGUUACAAGAUGCCCACCAACUGUUUGAUAAAAUGCCUCAACCAAAUCUCGGCUAUUUGCAUCACUCCAUGCUUGAUCUUUUACACCAAAACCGCCCAUUUCAAGCACUUGACAUCUUCAAUAAGCAAAUUCAGGAAGUAGGUGUUAGUCAUGUCGAUGAAGUUUCGACUGCUCUUGCUGUCAAGGCGUGUCGUGGUGACCCGAAACUCGGGUGUCAAAUUCAUGGUUUAGCAUUGACUUCAGGGCUUGAUUCAUUUUUAUCUGUAUCUAAUUCCUUGAUGCAUAUGUAUUCUAAAUCCGGACAGCUUGAUCGUGCUUUGGAUAUUUUUGAUCUGUUGCCUAACCGGGAUAUUGUUUCAUGGAACACCUUGCUCUCGGGGUUUAAGGACGGAAAUGAUGCAUUGAGGUUUGCUUUUCGAAUGAAUUAUUUAGGGGUUACUUUUGAUGCAGUGACUUACACUACUGCGUUGGCACAUUGUGCAGAUUGUGAAGAAUUUCUAUUUGGAAUUCAGUUGCAUUCGCUAGUGUUGAAAGCUGGAAUGCAGUGUGAAGGUUUUAUAGCAAAUGCACUUGUAACGUUGUACUCUAAGUGGGAACGUAUACUUGAAGCAGAAAGGGUUUUUGAUGAAAUGCCGAGCAAGGAUUUAGUUUCAUGGAACGCGAUGCUUUCAGGUUAUAGUCAGGAAGGAAGUUAUGGGGCAGAAGCAAUUUCAACUUUUAUUGAGAUGAUUAGAUUGGGAAUGAAGCUCGAUCAUGUUUCAUUUACCAGUGCGGUUUCAGCUUGUGGGCAUGCUAGAAACUUGCAUCUAGGGAAACAGAUACAUGGUCUGGCUAUUAAAAGAGGAUAUGGAAUACAUGAAUCGGUCUGCAAUGUUUUAAUCUCUACAUAUUCAAAAUGCGAUCAAAUUAAAGAUGCAAAGAUGGUUUUUGAGGAGAUGGUGAAUCGUAAUGUAGUUUCGUGGACCACCAUGAUUUCUAUAAGUGAAGAGCAAGCUGUAUCAUUGUUCAACGACAUGAGAGUGGAUGGUGUUUAUCCGAAUGAGGUAACAUUUGUUGGCUUGGUUCAUGCCAUAUGUGCUGCUAAUAGGAUGAAAGAAGGCGAAAUGGCUCAUGCGUUAUGUAUAAAGUCUAGCUUCUUUUCAGAGCUAGUGGUUGCUAAUAGCUUCAUUACCAUGUAUGCUAAGUUUGAGUCAAUAAAAGAUUCGAUCAAAGUUUUUCAAGAAAUGGAACAGAAAGUGAUCAUAUCAUGGAACGCCUUAAUCUCAGGGUUCACUCAAAACAAGAUGUUUCAAGAAGCUUUAAACACAUUCUCCGCUACAAUCAUGGAUUCAAAACCGAAUGAAUACACAUUUGGGAGCGUCUUAAGCGCAAUUGCGUCUUCUGAAGCCAUAUCAUUAAGAUAUGGACAAUGGUGCCACUCUUAUUUGUUAAAACUAGGUUUAGACAAGGAUCCAAUAGUUUCUGGAGCCCUUCUUGACAUGUAUGCAAAACGGGGAAGUAUAAACGAAGCUUGUAAGGUGUUUGAUGAAAUCAGGGAUAAGAAUCAAGUUGCAUGGACCGCAAUCAUAUCAGCUCAUUCCAGACAUGGAGACUACGAAGCUGUCAUGAACUUAUAUGAAGACCUAAAGAACCAAUCUUUUGAGCCUGAUUCUAUUACAUUUUUAUCUGUGUUAACAGCAUGCGGAAGGAAGGGAAUGGUGGAAAAGGGGAAAGAAGUGUUUGAGUCGAUGAUCAGACAUUUUAAAAUCGAGCCAACCCCAGAACAUUACUCUUGUAUAGUAGAUAUGUAUGGGAGGGCUGGGCGGUUAACGGAAGCAGAAGAGUUUCUAUCCCAUAUCCCGGGCCAGCUCGGGCUCCCAGUAUUCCAGAGCUUGUUAGGAUCAUGUAAAGUUCAUGGAAACAUGGAGAUGGGAAAGCGUGUGUCUGAAGUUUUAUUGAAAAUGGAGCCUAAAGAAUCAGGUUCAUAUGUGUUAAUGUCGAAUCUUUAUGCAGAAAGAGGGGAUUGGGAUGAAGUUGCAAAGAUAAGGAAAGGGAUGAGGGAGAAAAAUGUGAAGAAAGUUGUGGGAUUAAGUUGGGCCGAUGUUCAUAAUGUCAAAGGGUCGACACAUGCAUUUUCAUCAGAUGACACGUCUCAUCCACAGACGGAUGAGAUUUAUCAGAUGGCCAGGUUUCUUGGAUCAGAAAUGAAGUCUGUAAAGGGGAAAGAUGUCAUUGAGCAAGUUAAAGUUCUAUAGAGAUGAUAGAUGUGAUUAUUUUUAAAAAGGAAGCAAAUUUUGUAACUAUUAGUCCAUUUUUUAAGUCAACAUUUUCAUCAAUAUGUCUCAAGAAUACAUUUCACUUUUAAUUUCAACACAAUUCUCACUGAAUUCUCAUU